ACAAAAAGGAGAAAUGAGCCUGAAAUAGCGUUAAGAAAAAUGUUACAUUUGACGUUUACUUAGCUUAAAUCAGGAUAAAAAUAUAUGACUGACAAUUGCUAUCUUUUAUUUCAGACGACGCGAAAAUGGAUGCAUGACGCAUGCGCUCAGAGUAUUUGGUGGGAACGGAUGUGCAUUUUACAAUUAAAGUAGCCGAAUGCUUGAGUGUUGGUCAAACCGCCAAAACAUCAUCCAGGUAAAGGGUGGAAAUGCGGCGGCCACGAAGCGAACAGCUCACUACACUAAAAAAGGCACCGGGAAACCCCCCCAUAUAGUCAGAGGCAGUUAUUCAACGACAACGUGGAGGACGAGGAACUUCGUACUUUUUAAUGGCGACACAUGACUCGGACAUCGGAACGGUUAUCGUUCUCUCGAUGUGCGAUGCGGCGGCAGCGCUGAGUAAUCUGGCAGUCGUAAUCCUUAUUCUUCGUAAGGACAGUCUCCGCACAGUAAGCAAUAUCCUCGUAGCAGCUUUGGCACUUUCCGAGCUCUUUAUAACCGUAGUUGUUAUUCCACUCUCGAUUAUUGCCUAUGGUAAACACCUGUGGUCUUUUCACAAGGAGCUUUGUGUAUUUCAGGGAUACAUUUUCAACACACUGUUUCUGGUCUCUGGGACUUUAACUUCAGUCAUCAGUGUUGAUCGAUUUUAUUCUCUGGCGAGUCCUAUGGGCCAUGUCGCCCAUCUAUCGGAGAAAACAGUCGUUUGCAUGAUAGUUUUCGUACUCGCUAAUGCCGGGUUUUGGUCAAGUUUUCCUCUUUAUGGCAUUGGAAAUCUCGAGUACAUAUAUUUGCCAAAUCAGACUCGCUGUGAUGUGCACUGGACACUUGGGGGAAAUUACGGGCUAUAUUACUUUGUGCUGUUAAUGGUAAGCUUCGUGUUACCUCUGAUAGGAAUGACAUUAAUGUACUUCAAAAGUUUCCAGUCAGCCAAAGAAAGCGCCAGGAAAAUUCGUCCAGGGAACAUACAAAUACAAACACUCCAAGACGGCCAAUUCACUUCCGUAGCGCGCCAGGAGUCCUUCGACUAUCUCAAGGCAAACAUUACCGUGUUUAUCAUCAUUGGUAGCUUUGUGUUGAGUCGAGGACCUAAUCUAGUGUGUAAUAUGGCGGCAUGGGCUCAAGAACGCCAGUUUUGUACCCCGUCUGCCCAACUCGCGUGCUCUUGGCUGAUGUACAUGAGUUCCCUUACAACUCCAUACGUGUAUACUUUACUAAACAGGCGACUAAGGAAGGAACUGGUGCAGGCUAUCAAGGCAAUGGUAAGAUGCAACCAGCCCAGCGCAGAUGACGAACCCAAGGAUAUUCUCGACUAUUUGAGGAAUAUCACAGAUAAUUACGUAACAACAGAUGGGUCAACCACGACGCGCUCUCGCCUUGGGUCUGCUACAACGUCUACACAGACAAGACCGUCCACCCAAUCCCAGCGAGACAACCAGCAACACAUCCCACUACAACAGGCCCAAACCCCUCCUACGGCGGCCAUUCAAGAGAUACAAGAUGUGUCAUAGCUACUGUACAUCCCACUACAGCAGACCCAAACAAUGUAUACCAAGACCACCCGAGCAAGAUGCAUGCAUGCAAGAUGUAAAAUAGCUACUCCUAUUGUAAAGGCUUAAGCCUCGAUCUUGGAGGCCAUUCAGGAGUUCGUGCAAGAUGUAGCAUAGCUCUAGCACAUCCCAUUGCAGAAGUCUAAGCCACGAAGAUCCUCGAUGAGAUGUAAGCUGUAUCCUAGGCCAGGCGCGUACCCAGGAUUGGCUGAGGGGGGGUGUGCGCAGUCGAAGGUAUCAUAUGGAAAAAAGCAUAGUAUUUGAAGAUUCACCUGCGCACCCACCUGUGUACCCUUCAGAGGAGGCAAGUCAUAUUGCGCAGCCUUAGAAAACAGCUAAGCUACAGUUCACCCGAUUACCCUAGGCCCAGACCACUACCGAGGGACCAACCAAGAGAUGCAAGGUGAAAUUUAGCCACAAGACGAUAACUUGGGGGUGUUAUCAUUGCAAAAAAAAUGGCUACGCCCAACAAUGGGACUGCGUGUCUCGUCCUCUACAGCUACAAGUACGAACACAAAUAAAAAAACAGGAUACGAACAAAAUAGACUUUGAUUCUUUUCUGAAUGUGCAUUUUACCUGGACAUAGCGUCCUGUGAGACAACCUAGAAUAUCCGGGUGGAGUGCACUUGAUAGCGUGCUUGGCACUCUGCCCCACAAGACGUGCACAAAAAUAGAGGCAGGAAAUCUAGAGUCCUCGAUACUAAAUCCGAGGUGUUGUACGUUUUCUAGCCUUGUAUAUGUUCACUUUGUUAAAAUAAAUUCCAACAAAACGUU